AUGCCGGCAUCACCGACACGGCAACAGGGCCGAGAACGAAAAGCCUCCGACUCCGAUAAGCCGGAAGCUGAACAUGUGGAAGAAGCUGGCGUGUCUGGAGAAGAGACCGAAGGAGCUCCUGGGGAACCGGAGCCAGAAGAGCCUUGGGAAUUAUACCGCCGCGGCCUGAAGCCUUCUGAGAAAUUGCUCGAGGACGCCCGCGCUUCGCUUCGAGGGACUAUGCUGUCCCAGCUGAAGACAGAUAAGGCAGCAAAAGAAAACAGGGUGCUUCUAGCGGCCAUGAUGAGCCGGAUCUUCCCGACGGCGCAGGCAGCGCAGGCAGCGCAGGUCCAGCAGGUCCAGCAGGUCCAGCAGGUGCCGCAGGUGCAGCCACCGCAGCAGUAUCCAAUCAACCAACUUGCUUUAGGGCCUCAUGUCUCUUACGGUGAACACGGUGCGUACCCCCGGUGGGUGGUCGUACCUGUUCCACAGCAGGGGAACCAGCAGCUGCCCAAGGCCCCGGGUUCGCACAAGCUGAUGUGGAAAUUCGAGCCCGGCCCACCCUCUGGCUGGCGGGGUCUGACGAAGGAGCAGCUGUACGAGUGGUCAUAUAAUUGGCACAGAGCCUGUAUUGAAGAUCCCGAGGGAAGGGAGGCAAUGAUCUCGCACUUGCGAGUCGGGCCUUAUAAAGAGUUUAUGAAAGGCGUCGCUCAACCUCUCCCACCUCUUCCAGAUCCCCCAGCCACCAACUUCUACCUGAAGCCGAUUACUCCUCCUCCUCCGGGUCUCCAUGAUUUUUGGCGUUGGUCCUACAAGAAGGACUACACACGUCCGACUGCCCCAAUCCGGCAAGGCAUGUACAGCAGAGGAUUGAACCCUGGGCAGCAAGGAGUAGGCGAUGAAGAAAAUCAACUUCCAGGCAUCGGUACUUACCGCAACGAGUACGGCGCAAAUCGCCUAGGGGCUGAGGCAGGCCCUGCAAAACCGCUAGCCCUUGACGACGGGCAAGAGCCUGCAAUUGAUGCGGAUCCGAAUGGUCAGACACUCGAGUCUGGCCUUGACCUGGAUGCCAUGGAUGGUGCAUCUAAUGGUUUGCCCACGAUCUCGUCGCCAAAACUUGCUGUGCAAGAUCCAGGUAACCUGGCUGCAAAGAAAGGCAUCAGGGCAGUUGCAAGGAUCAAAAUAGGUCCCCGACCGGGUCAGGCCGGCCCCCGUCGCAUCGUAUACGAAACGCCAAAACAAGCGCCGGGGGUACCACCGGACACAGGGUCGGAGCCAGAGACAGAGCCAGAGUCCGAGCCAGAGAUUCAGAGAUCAAAAGAACACGAGCUCGUGACUGAAGCCCUAGAGCAGCUGAAGAAGAAUCAUGAGAAACACUUUCCUCGGCGAACUCUCCGGCGCAUCAGGACAUGGCCGGGCGACGAAAUUCCCAAUUACAUCAGCAACGAUGAAUUGAAGCUCGUACCCGAGUAUUCCCUCGAGCACAGGCCAUUCCACGACAGAAAUCCAGCGGAGCAAGGUCAGACAGCUAAGAGAGCUGCAAGCGGCUUACCAAAGCAGGCUGCUGGUGCCGCUGCUGAUUCUGACGAUAAUGAUGGCUCUGCGACUGCUGGCACUGCUGGCAGGGCGAAAAAAUCCCGCACAACAAAGAAAUCGACGACUGCUGGUACAGCUGCCCCCGCGCAGCAAAGCAGAUAUCCGAAACGUACUGGUCGAAAAUAA